CCAGCAGCCCAAGAGUGAGGCCACUCAGCUAGAAGAAGGAGACAGCUCCCAAGCCCCUGGGCAGAGGCCCUACAGAGAUGGAGCGGAAGGAAGGGAAGCCCUCUGAGGAUGGGACCACUGUCUCCCAAUCCGCAGGGACCCCAGGGACACCAGGAGGUGAAGCUUCAGCAGAGGAGGAGGUCAAAGGCACCGUGGGGAGCAUCGCCACAGAGGGGCCUCCGGAUGAGGCAGGAAGGCAGGAAGGCGCUCCAGCCAAGGCUGGCGUUUCAGCCGAACUCCAGGGGGAAGCCAAAGGGUUGGAGUCCAAAGUAGAGGCUGAACUUCCAAAGGAGGACAGUGGAAAGAAAGAGACCAAAGAGAUUCCUCAGGAGAUGACUGAUGGGAAAGGAGAGAACAAAUCCGAACCCAAGGAGGCUGAGGGGAAAGAGGGGCCAGUGUUGGCCUCUGAGAAGCAGAAGGCUGAGGAGAAAGCAGACAAGCCCGGAUCCAGGGAGGAGGCCGACGUGGAGGACAAGGCCAAGGCUGAGCUGAAGCAGGCCACUGGGGAGCAGGAGGCCAGGGCUGGAGCCAGCAAGGCAGAUGGGGAGCAAGAGGCCACCACAGCCUCUCAGGAGAAGAGCAAAAAGACGGAGGAGCCCAAGGCUGCAGUGGAGGCGAAAGCCAGCGCCCCAGAAGCCAAGUCGGACCCUGAAAAAAAGGCUGCUCUGGAAGAUGAGGCCAAGGCUGAACCACAGGACAAUGACAUGGGGGAGGAGGUGGAGUCAGGUGCUCCCAAUGAAGAGCAGGACCAUGAUGUGGAGAGAGAGUCAGAGGAAGGGGCAGGGGAGAGUCCCAGCUCCCCUGAAGAAUGGCCUGAAAGCCCCACGGAGGAGGGUCAUGGCCUCAGCCCGGAUGGGUUGAGCCCAGACACCGCAGCUUCCGGAGAGACCAGUCCCUCAGCCAGUGAGUCUUCAUCCAGCGAGAUGCCCCAGAGCCCCACAGAGCCCCCUCCUUCCCAGGAGAAGAAGAAGGAGAAGGCACCAGAACGCAGGGUGCCAGCCCCUGCCCGGCCCCGGGGGCCCCGUGCACAGAACCGCAAAGCCAUCGUGGACAAGUUUGGCGGGGCAGCCUCGGCCCCCACGGCCCUGUUCCGGAACACGAAGGCAGCCGGGGCAGCCAUCGGCAGUGUCAAGAACAUGCUCCUGGAGUGGUGCCGGGCCAUGACGAGAAACUACGAGCACGUGGACAUUCAGAACUUCUCGUCCAGCUGGAGCAGCGGCAUGGCCUUCUGCGCCCUCAUCCACAAGUUCUUCCCGGAUGCCUUUGACUACGCCGAGCUGGACCCCGCCAAGCGCCGGCACAACUUCGCCUUGGCCUUCUCCACCGCAGAGAAACUGGCCGACUGUGCCCAGCUGCUGGAGGUGGAUGACAUGGUGCGGCUGGCGGUGCCUGAUUCCAAGUGCGUCUACACCUACAUCCAGGAGCUGUAUCGCAGCCUAGUGCAGAAGGGGCUGGUGAAGACCAAGAAGAAAUGAGCUGA